CCCAAUCCUAAAACGCGACCCCUCGCUUCCCCCCCUCGACUGAGGAGCCCCCACUCCGGCUGGAGCGGCGCAGGCGCGGAAGAGUAGCAGUCACAAGCUCAGACGGACAUCAAAAGGGAGAUAAGACACUUCUACAAAAGCUAAUAAUACAAGGUAAAAUGUGGGGAUUGAAGAACAACUCUCCCCCGGCUCUGGUGGUUCUCUCAUCCUGACGGGAGAAAGAAGAGAGAGUUGCAGCGAAAGUCACGGCAGUUGGGUGUCAGCUGAUUUACUGCAGCGGCGGCGGUGGCAGCGGCGGCAACGGCACCUUGCAACCUCGGUGGGGAGACGCCGGCUGGGCUCGGGUUGUGGUUUGCCUACCCGGAUUUGAGCACCCCACAUCUUCCUCACAUAACGUCCUCGCCUUGUCCACCUUUGACGGGGCGCCCACGGGUGGUGGGACGGACAACAUCGCGGCAUGAGAUGAAGCUGUGACAGAUGGGGAAGCUGAAACCCAGAGGGGUAACUUUUUCAAGAUCCCACAGAAGAGCCAGGAUUUGAAUACAGUUCUGAUUGUUUGAAAGCACAAUGGCGGGAAACAGCCUUGUCCUACCCAUUGUUCUUUGGGGUCGCAAAGCACCAACACAUUGCAUCUCAGCAGUACUUUUAACAGACGAUGGGACCACAAUUGUAACUGGAUGCCAUGAUGGACAAAUAUGUCUCUGGGAUCUUUCAGUAGAAUUAGAAGUUAAUCCUCGAGCACUGUUGUUUGGUCACACAGCCUCAAUCACCUGUUUGUCUAAAGCUUGUGCUUCUAGUGACAAACAGUAUAUUGUGAGUGCAUCUGAAAGUGGAGAGAUGUGUCUCUGGGACGUGAAUGAUGGCAGAUGUAUUGAGUUUACAAAAUUAGCCUGCACACAUACAGGUAUACAGUUUUACCAGUUUUCUGUUGGAAAUCAGAGAGAAGGAAGGCUUUUAUGCCAUGGCCACUAUCCUGAAAUCCUCGUUGUGGAUGCCACCAGCCUUGAGGUGUUAUACUCCUUAGUAUCAAAGAUCUCUCCAGACUGGAUUAGCUCCAUGAGUAUUAUCCGAUCCCACCGAACACAAGAGGACACUGUGGUCGCACUCUCAGUGACGGGCAUCUUGAAGGUGUGGAUUGUUACCUCUGAAAUAAGUGGCAUGCAGGAUACUGAGCCAAUAUUUGAGGAGGAAUCCAAACCGAUUUAUUGUCAGAAUUGCCAAAGCAUUUCUUUUUGUGCAUUCACACAAAGGUCACUUUUGGUUGUGUGCUCCAAGUAUUGGAGGGUUUUUGAUGCUGGAGACUAUUCCUUGCUGUGUUCAGGUCCUAGUGAAAAUGGACAGACGUGGACUGGAGGUGACUUUGUAUCAGCAGAUAAAGUAAUCAUUUGGACUGAAAAUGGGCAAAGUUAUAUUUACAAACUACCUGCCAGUUGCCUUCCAGCUAGUGAUUCAUUCCGCAGUGAUGUGGGGAAAGCAGUUGAAAAUUUAAUUCCUCCUGUACAACAUAGCCUCUUGGAUCGAACAGAUAAAGAGUUGCUAAUUUGUCCUCCUGUUACUCGGUUUUUCUAUGGAUUCAAGGAACACCUCCACAAACUAUUAAUUCAAGGUGAUUCUUCAGGAAGAUUGAAUAUUUGGAACAUAUCAGACACACCUGAUAAACAGGAAGAACUGAAAAUGACAACUUCUGUUAGUUUGCAAGAGGCAUUUGAUAAACUGAAUCCUUGUCCUGCUGGAAUUAUAGAUCAGCUGAGUGUGAUUCCCAGUAGUAAUGAACCUCUUAAAGUAACCGCAAGUGUGUACAUACCAGCACAUGGACGACUUGUCUGUGGCCGUGAGGAUGGAAGCAUCAUCAUUGUGCCUGCCACACAGACAGCCAUUGUACAGCUGCUGCAAGGGGAACACAUGCUCCGAAGAGGUUGGCCACCUCACAGAACCCUCCGCGGUCAUCGGAACAAAGUCACAUGUUUGCUAUAUCCUCAUCAGGUCUCAGCUCGUUAUGACCAAAGAUAUCUGAUAUCUGGAGGCGUGGAUUUUUCAGUCAUAAUUUGGGACAUAUUUUCUGGAGAAAUGAAACAUAUCUUCUGUGUGCAUGGUGGUGAGAUUACUCAGCUUCUAGUUCCACCUGAAAACUGUAGUGCAAGAGUGCAGCACUGCAUCUGCUCUGUAGCCAGUGACCACUCAGUGGGGCUUCUAAGUCUGCGAGAGAAGAAAUGCAUUAUGCUGGCAUCUCGUCAUCUCUUCCCUAUUCAGGUCAUCAAGUGGAGGCCUUCUGAUGAUUACCUGGUAGUGGGAUGUUCAGAUGGCUCUGUAUACGUCUGGCAAAUGGAUACUGGUGCGUUGGAUCGCUGUGUGAUGGGGAUCACAGCAGUGGAGAUACUAAAUGCCUGCGACGAAGCAGUUCCUGCUGCAGUUGACUCUCUCAGUCAUCCAGCAGUCAACCUAAAGCAGGCCAUGACACGGCGUAGUCUGGCCGCUCUUAAAAACAUGGCUCAUCAUAAGCUACAGACUCUUGCAACUAACCUCUUGGCUUCUGAGGCCUCUGACAAAGGAAAUUUGCCUAAAUAUUCUCAUAACUCCCUGAUGGUUCAGGCAAUAAAGACAAACCUAACAGACCCGGACAUACAUGUGCUUUUCUUUGAUGUGGAAGCGUUGAUUAUUCAACUCCUGACUGAAGAAGCCUCUAGGCCGAAUACUGCGCUUAUUUCCCCAGAGAAUUUGCAAAAAGCAUCUGGCGGUUCAGACAAAGGGGGCUCUUUUCUAACUGGAAAACGAGCAGCAGUUCUCUUCCAACAAGUGAAAGAAACUAUCAAAGAGAACAUAAAGGAACAUCUCCUGGACGAUGAAGAGGAGGAUGAGGAGAUGAUGAGGCAGAGAAGAGAAGAGAGCGACCCAGAGUAUCGGGCCAGCAAAUCUAAGCCGUUGACCUUAUUAGAGUAUAAUUUAACGAUGGACACUGCAAAAUUGUUCAUGUCAUGUCUUCAUGCCUGGGGUUUAAAUGAAGUUCUGGAUGAAGUUUGUCUUGAUCGCCUUGGAAUGCUGAAACCGCACUGCACAGUAUCUUUUGGUCUCCUAUCGAGAGGAGGUCAUAUGUCCCUGAUGCUUCCUGGUUAUAAUCAGCCUGCUCGGAAGCUGUCGCAUGGGAAAGCCGAAGUAGGAAGGAAGCUGCCAGCAACUGAGAGCGUUGGAAGGGGAACUUACGGAGUGUCCCGAGCCGUCACCACACAGCAUCUCCUGUCUAUCAUAUCUUUGGCAAAUACAUUAAUGAGUAUGACCAACGCAACUUUUAUUGGCGAUCAUAUGAAGAAGGCUCCUACCAGGCCACCUCGACCAAGCACCCCAGACCUUUCUAAGGCAAGGGGUUCCCCUCCAACUUCCAGUAAUGUUGUGCAAGGACAGAUUAAACAAGUUCCUGCUCCUGUCAUUUCCGCUCGGUCUGAUGCUGACCACUCUGGCUCUGACCCUGCUUCUACUCCUGCUUUACAUACCUGUUUCUUAGUAAAUGAAGGAUGGAGCCAGUUGGCUGCUAUGCAUUGCGUGAUGCUACCAGACCUGCUGGGACUGGAUAAAUUUAGGCCUCCGCUCCUAGAGAUGCUGGCUCGGAGAUGGCAAGACCGAUGCUUAGAGGUCCGAGAAGCUGCCCAGGCCCUGCUUCUAGCUGAACUGCGAAGAAUUGAGCAGGCGGGGCGGAAGGAAGCCAUUGAUGCCUGGGCCCCUUAUUUACCUCAGUACAUGGACCAUGUCAUAUCACCGGGAGUCUCAGCGGACGCCGUGCAGACUGUCAGCACUGCUCCUGAUGCCUUGGGGCCAGAAGCCAAAGUCCAGGAGGAAGAGCACGACCUUGCAGAUGAUGACAUCACAGCUGGUUGCUUAUCAAGUAUCCCACAAAUGAAAAAGAUUUCCACAUCUUAUGAGGAAAGACGGAAGCAAGCUACUGCUAUUGUUUUACUAGGAGUAAUAGGAGCUGAAUUUGGUGCUGAAAUUGAACCUCCUAAAUUGUUGACCAGACCUCGAAGCUCUAGUCAAAUUCCUGAGGGAUUUGGCUUGACUAGUGGUGGAUCCAACUACUCACUGGCCAGACAUACUUGUAAGGCACUGACAUUUCUUCUGCUGCAGCCUCCGAGCCCCAAACUUCCUCCACACAGUACGAUCCGAAGAACAGCCAUUGAUCUGAUUGGACGUGGUUUCACCGUCUGGGAGCCUUAUAUGGACGUGUCUGCUGUCCUCAUGGGGCUUCUUGAACUCUGUGCUGAUGCCGAGAAACAACUCGCCAACAUCACAAUGGGGCUGCCUCUUAGCCCUGCAGCUGACUCCGCCCGCUCGGCAAGGCAUGCCCUCUCGCUCAUUGCCACUGCCAGACCACCCGCCUUCAUCACAACCAUAGCCAAAGAGGUACACAGACAUACAGCUCUUGCAGCAAAUACCCAGUCCCAACAGAACAUGCACACGACAACUCUUGCACGAGCUAAAGGGGAAAUUCUGAGAGUCAUUGAGAUUCUUAUUGAAAAAAUGCCCACAGAUGUUGUGGAUCUUCUGGUGGAGGUUAUGGACAUCAUUAUGUACUGCCUUGAAGGAUCUUUAGUUAAAAAGAAAGGUCUUCAAGAAUGUUUCCCAGCCAUCUGCAGGUUCUACAUGGUCAGCUAUUAUGAACGGAAUCACAGAAUAGCAGUUGGAGCUCGCCAUGGUUCAGUGGCCCUGUACGACAUCCGGACUGGAAAAUGUCAGACAAUCCAUGGACACAAGGGACCAGUCACUGCAGUGGCCUUUGCCCCUGAUGGACGAUAUCUUGCCACCUACUCAAAUACGGACAGCCACAUUUCUUUCUGGCAGAUGAACACCUCGCUGCUGGGGAGCAUUGGCAUGCUGAACUCGGCACCUCAGCUGCGCUGCAUUAAGACCUACCAGGUGCCCCCCGUGCAGCCCGCCUCGCCCGGCUCCCACAACGCGCUGCGACUGGCCCGGCUCAUCUGGACUUCCAACCGCAACGUCAUCCUCAUGGCCCACGACGGGAAGGAGCACCGCUUCAUGGUCUAACGCUGGCGCCUGCUGCCCUGGCCACCUCCGAGUUCCGUCCGUCCGUUCUCCCAGCUGAGAGUCCUCUGUCCUUCCUCACACGGAUCAUUCCUCAGUGCCUGCCCGCACCAGUGCCCCCCGGGGGCGCGGCCGAGGCCAGGUCACUCCUGCAUGGCUCUUGGGGGCAGAUGCCCACUUGUGUCACCUGUGAUUCAGAGGCAUGCACACACCGCUCUGCAGGAUGUGGCCCUUCUGUCAGCACUAGGUCGUUUUUCCCCCGCCGGGGCUGGGGGUGGGGGAUGUCUGCGGGCCCCAGGAUCCCUCCUGUCGCUUGGUGCACCAGAAGCCUCCAGUUCAGUAAACACUGUGAUUGUGUUCCCAGCCCAGGUCAGCAACCCCACCUCUGAGCUCCUGCUUGAACCUGGUGGUUUUGACGUUGGGUUUUGAGGUAAUUGUGGCAGUCCUAAUUAGCGAAGUUAUUUUCCUUUAGAUCGCCUAAAAUAUAUUCUUGUUUACCAAAAAGAUUCUGUGUUUACAUGGUUGGUUUUUUUCCCCCCAUGACUGCUAGGAAACUGCUCACUCCAAUUUCCUAGGGUUUAGCCACUCUUUCUUUAUUAAUACCUAACAGAUUGGAGAUUAAUGAGAAAAUACACCAAAAAAUUGUUCCUCCUCACGGAAAAUAGAGUUUCCCAGGCACCUAGCCUUCUAAAAUGCUCGUAUCCUGCUUAGUAGUCUAUUUAGUAGUUUAAAAUAAAAAAUCAUCACUAUUUAUGAUCUAGUUAAUAUAAUUAUCCAGUCACUCUAAUCUCUUAAAUGGACUUUUAUAAUAAAGAACUGAGUUUGGAAGCAUAGCAUAUACUAAAUAAGAAGACUCUUAUGUCUGUUGCUACAGGUCCUUUUAAGAAAGACCUUACCCCUUCCUUCCAGAAACCUUACAGACCUACAGUUCCCACGUGUACAACCUAUGUCAGUUAUCAUGGAAUAGUUACAGUUCAGCCUUCAAACUGAUCAAUUAAAGGAAAACAAAGACAGCAUUUCUUUUACACAAGUGUCCUAGAAAAUUAGUACCUAUGGCACAAGCAUUCAGGAGAAUAUAUAAAAUGUGAGGGCUCUCAAGUUAUUUGAGCAAACAUUGCAAUGAGGGUGUCCAUCACACUUCGAAGUACACUUUAACUAGGUCGCUUUCUUCUCUUUAUGUCAAAUUAUGCUGGUUCUUGCUCAUAGUAAUGGGAAAAAAAAAUCCAUAAAAUAAUAUUUUGUAUGAAUUGCUCCUAACAAAUCUUGAUCUGUACAUAGUUGGGCAUUUGGUUGUUUGGUUAGUUGUUGAUUGGUUGGCUAGACACAAUGGUUUAUUAAAUGCUAAAACAGAAAAUGAUUUAUUAAAUUCAGAGAAGGUAGGAAAUUUCCAGAGGAACCAAAAUGAUAAUGGGAGCAUUUAAUUGGAAAAGCGUAGAUUGUUAAGAGUUUAUGUAAUAUACAAAAAAAUAGGAUCACAGUCCAGGAACAAAUCCAUCUGUCAUUUUACUAAAACAGAUUUUUAAAGAACAUGUUAAGAAAUUAAGAUCCACUAGAACGUCUCUUUCCUAUUGAUAUGAAGUGUGUUAUUUGCAUUGAUGACAAACCUGUACUGUUGCUUGGUUUUAGACUUUGGGUGUUCUUUUAAAAGUGAAUUGAUGCCACAUGCAUGUACAUUGUAUUUAUAAAGAUUAUAUAUGUAGUUUCCAAGGAAGAAACAAAGAACUAUCCAGUGUAGAUUUAUUUGUUUGGUGCACAUGCCAUUGUGUUCGAUUAUAGGUAGAAAAACCUGAGGUAAACAAAAGUUGCGCUUGGUUUUUUCAGUGGGCUCCCAAGUCUUCUCCAUACCCAGCACAUGUUUACUUUAUGAACUUAAAUAGGGAUUAACUUAUUCUAGACUACAAAGUUGUUUUGGAAUGAUGAAGCAAAAGUAUACCUUUAGAGGGUUUAAAACAAAGAUGUGAGACAAUAGGCAGGCCGCCUCGGACUCGCAGUGGGACACACCCCGGGGUCCGGAACAAAGCCAUGAGGCCCAGGGGCAAAACAUCUGGGCGGUGGGCAGAGGCCAGCCUGUCCCACAGUCUGUCUGAUUAUCGGCCAGUAGAAUAUUAAAAGUCGGAUGGAUGAUAUCUGAUGGUUAGACGUCUCUAACUGCUAAAUGAGUAUUUGCAUUCUUGUUAACACAAAUCUCCUCUUGGCUGUUUUGAUAACUACAGUCCCAGACUUCAUCACUGCUUAGAUUUCUCAGCACUGAGGCAAACUUUGUAUUGUCAUCCCAGUGUAUGCUUUUAGUGUUUUAUUGAUUUUGUUGGCACUGUAUUUGGACCUAUCCUUGUAAAUGUAGAGACAUAUAUGGCUUCAUUGGUAAUUUACAAGCAAAAGAUGACAUGACGUGACACCUGUAUGAAAAUGUAACGAUUGAACUCACUGUGCACAGCAAGUGAUUAAAAUGUCUGCCUCUCAAGACAUUUCCACUGAAUAGAUUCUAUAUGUGCUGAAUGUCCCUGUGUACAUAUGUGUGUUAAAUAAAACUGAAUUGUACUGAA